AUGAUCACCAAAAACCAACAACAGGGGAAACAAAAGGCCCAGAAAUGGUCGUAUAGUUUCACAUGGACGGAUCAACAUCUUGAGCCACAACUAAUGCAAUCUUUGAGACUCGAGUACGAUGAAAUCGGCGCCCAGGCUCUAGACAGACUUCUUGCCAUCAAAAAGACCAAAAAUUGCCACGGCGACUUUUACAAACUCCUCGAAAAGUAUCACAAGGAAGACGACAUCUUGCGUCGGUUCUGGGAUGAGUUGCACAACGUUCCAAAAUGGGUGGAUUGGGCCCAGCUUGCACGUGGACAAGAGUUCUUUUACCGAUAUGCUUUGGCAAACAUUAUUGGAUUUGCGCUGCAGGGCUUCAUUUGCGAAAACUCGGCAUCCACUGGUGUGGUAGAGGUUCUCGUUCGCACCGGAGGCUUUUCAACACGAGUUCUCUGGUUUCGUUUAUUGGAGACUUUCCAAUGGCUUCUUCAAAUUAUGCAUGAUAUUGAGUCCGUGAAACCUGGGGGUGAAGGAUUCCAGUCGACAAUCCGUGUUCGGUUGCUUCAUUCAUGUGUCCGCCGUCGAAUCUUAGGAUUGGUCAGUCGUCGAGCGGACUAUUACAAUACUGCCGAGCAUGGUAUACCUGUCAAUGCCAUGGAUUCAAUCCACUCAAUUGCAACUUUUGCAUGUAACCCAAUGUUUCUACAACUGCCUAAGAUGGGGAUCCAGCCGCGUCCAGACGAGAUCGAAGACUAUCUUGCAUUGUUUCGAUAUGUGGCAUACCUGAUCGGAACACAACCGGAAUACUUCUCGACAUUUGAAAAAGCCAAGGCUACAAUGGAGAGUUGUUAUGUGCAUGAGUUGAGCCUGACAGAGACUUCUCGAACAGUCGCAUACAACUUUAUUCGUUGUGUUGAAAGACUUCCUGCACCCCUUACUAUUUCGCGGUCCUUUAUUGAGGCGGGCAGUCGCUGGCUUAAUGGUAAUGAGAUUUGUGAUCAGCUCGGUCUAGGAAGACCAGGGAUAUUGUCAUAUGUUGCUUUUAGCGGAUUAUGCUCCUUGGUAAUGAUGCUCGCAUGGACCCAACGAAUGAUACCAGCGUUUGACCGGUUCAUAGUCCAGUACACUAGACGCCUUCUGUACUGGGCUGUCAUUCGAAGUGAAGGGGGUCUAAACGGAGGCACUACUUUCAAAAUGAAGUACAAGCCAGAGUUAAAUCGAAUAACUGGGCGGGAGGAAGCAAUUAACGCGACAAUUUUGGGAUACCUUCUAUCAAGAGUCAUGACUAUGACUCUUGCUAUUGCCGCUGCGGAAUGA